UCCCAGUUGCCAUGGAAUCGCCAGCCCGUGUGCUCGCAUGAAAAAAGAACUGUCCGGAAAUAGCUCAGCCCGCUGGCCACAGAUGUUCGGUGGGAAUUCCAGAGAAGCAGGCAUGUGGCAGCGCAUACUUUUGCUCGGCUGCAUGUGGAGUGCAUUUUUCAUGUGCCGCAGCCGGGGGCAACAAAUCAACAUUGGCGCCUUCUUCUACGACGAUGAGCUGGAGCUGGAGAAAGAGUUCAUGACGGUGGUCAAUGCCAUCAAUGGACCUGAAUCGGAACAGACGAUGCGUUUCUAUCCGCUCAUAAAGCGCCUGAAGCCCGAGGAUGGGAGUGUCACAAUGCAGGAACAUGCCUGCGAUCUCAUAGAUAAUGGUGUCGCGGCUAUUUUCGGACCAAGUUCAAAGGCGGCGAGCGACAUUGUGGCCUUGGUGUGCAAUAGUACCGGCAUUCCGCACAUAGAGUUCGACAUAUCGGACGAGGGCAUUCAGGCCGAGAAGCCCAACCACCAAAUGACCCUUAACCUCUACCCGGCCCAGGCCAUAUUGUCCAAGGCCUACGCGGAUAUUGUACAAAACUUUGGGUGGCGCAAGUUCACCAUUGUCUACGAUGCGGACGAUGCCAGGGCAGCAGCUCGACUGCAGGAUCUUCUGCAGCUGCGAGAGGUUCACAAUGAUGUGGUGCGGGUGCGAAAGUUCCACAAGGAUGACGACUUCCGGGUCAUGUGGAAGAGCAUACGGGGCGAGCGGCGAGUGGUUUUGGACUGUGAGCCCAACAUGCUGGUGGAGCUUCUGAAUUCCUCCACUGAGUUCGGUCUGACUGGACAGUACAAUCAUAUAUUCCUGACGAACCUGGAAACCUACACCGAUCAUCUGGAGGAACUAGCGGCGGAUAACGAAACAUUUGCCGUGAACAUAACUGCUGCUCGUCUUUUGGUCAAUCCCGAUCCUCCGCCGUACUCCCUACCUUACGGAUAUGUCACCCAAAGGGACAACAUCGUUUACGAAAGCAGCGAUCCGCCUCGCACCCUCAUCCACGACUUGAUACAUGAUGCACUGCAGCUUUUUGCGCAGUCCUGGCGCAAUGCCAGCUUCUUCUACCCGGACAGGAUGGUGGUGCCGCGAAUAACCUGCGACUUUGCCGCAUCCGGAGGUCGCACCUGGGCCAUGGGGCGUUAUCUGGCACGCCUCAUGAAAGGGACUUCCGGCGUGAACAACACGAACUUUCGGACAAGUAUCCUGCAGUUCGACGAGGAUGGACAGCGGAUAACGUUCAACAUCGAGGUCUACGACCCCUUGGACGGCAUUGGCAUAGCCAUCUGGGACCCUCGGGGUCAGAUAACGCAGCUCAAUGUGGACGUCAAGGCGCAGAAGAAGAUGAUUUACCGGGUGGCCACCAGAAUUGGCCCACCAUACUUCUCGUACAACGAGACUGCGAGGGAGCUGAAUCUGACGGGCAACGCCCUCUAUCAAGGAUAUGCCGUGGACCUUAUCGACGCCAUUGCCAGACACGUGGGAUUCGAGUACGUCUUCGUUCCCGUGGCUGAUCAGCAGUACGGAAAACUGGACAAGGAAACCAAGCAGUGGAACGGCAUCAUUGGCGAGAUAAUCAAUAAUGAUGCACACAUGGGAAUCUGCGACCUGACCAUCACCCAAGCGCGAAAGACCGCUGUGGAUUUUACAGUGCCCUUUAUGCAGCUGGGUGUCAGUAUCCUGGCAUACAAAAGUCCGCAUGUGGAAAAGACACUCGAUGCAUACCUGGCACCUUUUGGGGGAGAAGUCUGGAUCUGGAUUCUCAUAUCCGUGUUCGUAAUGACCUUCCUCAAGACCAUAGUAGCGAGGAUCUCCAAAAUGGACUGGGAGAACCCACAUCCGUGCAAUCGGGAUCCCGAGGUACUCGAGAAUCAGUGGCGCAUCCACAAUACUGGCUGGUUGACUGUGGCCUCCAUCAUGACAGCAGGAUGCGACAUUCUACCGAGAAGUCCACAGGUGCGAAUGUUUGAGGCCACGUGGUGGAUUUUUGCCAUCAUCAUAGCCAACUCCUAUACGGCCAACUUAGCUGCGUUUUUGACCAGCUCCAAAAUGGAGGGCAGCAUAGCCAACCUGAAGGAUCUGAGUGCCCAGAAGAAAGUGAAGUUCGGUACCAUCUACGGCGGGAGUACGUACAAUCUCCUGGCUGACUCCAACGAGACCGUCUAUCGCCUGGCCUUCAAUCUCAUGAACAACGACGACCCAUCCGCCUACACAAAGGACAAUCUGGAAGGUGUUGACCGCGUGCGGAAGAAUCGAGGGGACUACAUGUUCCUCAUGGAGACCACCACCUUGGAGUACCAUCGCGAGCAGAACUGCGACCUGCGCUCCGUUGGAGAAAAGUUCGGGGAGAAGCACUACGCCAUUGCGGUUCCCUUUGGGGCUGAGUACAGAUCCAACCUGAGUGUGGCCAUCCUGAAGCUGAGUGAGCGGGGUGAGCUGUACGAUCUCAAGCAAAAGUGGUGGAAGAACCCGAAUGCCAGCUGCUUCGAGGAACCCGAUCCCGAUGCCACUCCUGACAUGACCUUCGAGGAGCUGCGCGGCAUAUUCUACACGCUCUACGCCGGAAUCCUGAUUGCCUUUCUCAUCGGCAUUACGGAGUUUUUGGUCUACGUGCAGCAAGUGGCUUUGGAAGAAAGGCUCACUUUUAAGGACGCCUUCAAGAAGGAGAUCCGCUUUGUGCUUUGCGUAUGGAACAAUAGGAAACCCAUCGUGGCAGGCACUCCAAUCUCCAGUGUCAGGACUACACCGCGAAGAUCAUUGGAUAAGUCACUGGACCGCACUCCCAAGUCGAGCCGCCGAGUUGUCAUCGGGCGUUCAUCGGAGGAGAUGCGCGAAAUGGCCCAAGGAUCUGGUUCCUCCUCGGGAAGUAACAACGCAGGAAGGGGAGAAAAGGAGGCAAGGGUCUAAGCUGUGCAUGUGUUUAACAAAAAAAAAAGUUAUAAUACAUUUAAUUUAUAAAAUAAAUAUGUGAUUUUU